AAAAAACGUUCAAAACAAACGUAAUUAGACUGUAGACUGUGAAAAUAGCUCUUAAGAAAAUGGCAGAAUCACUAAAAGGUAAACAGUUUUUCAUUUCUAAUCAUGAUGGUUUACUGCUGUUUUCUGUUCCGGAGAAGUUAUUGGUGAAAUCGUUCACUUUUACCAAUCGUAGUGCACAAAAUUAAGAUCUCAUAUUUUUCUCUUUCAUUGUUCUUCGACGGGGAAUGAUUUCGUUCAUAAGUAAUUGUUAUGCUGGCUAUGCUCGGCUCGAUCGGAAUGACAAUGAUCAUUCUGGCUUGUGCUCUUCCGUCGUACAAAGUCUGGUGGCCCUUCUUUGUGGUACUGUUUUAUCUGAUCUGUCCCAUACCAACGUUGAUUGCCAAAAGGAACCAGUCGGAUGAUGAUAAUUCACGAAUCACCAAUUCCAUGUUCGCUACUAUUGGUAUCAUUAUCAGCAGCUUUGCCCUUCCGAUUGUACUGGCCCGAUCAAUGGUGAUCCACUGGGGAGCCUGUUACUUGACACUGGCCGGAAACGUUAUCGCUUACAUCACCGUCCUCGGAUACUUCUUCGGAUAUGAUUCAGCCGAUUCUUGGUAAAUGAUCGACACGUGAGAACGCGAGAGAAAUCAGAAUAGAUUCUAAACUUAUACUUUACUGGAUCAAUCGUAACGGAAAAUAGCAUCUUUUUGCAAUGUUGUUUUUUCUCAUUUGUUUCAUUAUACAGAAGGUAUGUUUUGUUGUCGAAUGAAAAUUAUCUUGAAAAACAGCGGUAAACUAACACGAAAUAGAAAGUAUUUAUUAUUUUAGACUA